AUGGGUAUUAAUAACCUCCUGCCAUUUGUAAAGAAUGCUUGUCGGCAGGGUAAUGUGGCAGAAUUCGCAGGAUGUUCGGUGGCCGUCGACGUCAGCUGUUUGUUGCAUAGAGGCCUUUUCGGUUGCGUAGAAAGUAUAGUCCAAGGGAAGAAAACGAAUUUCUAUGUCUAUUAUGUGGAAAAACACAUCAAAGCAUUGCUGAAUCUCGGCUGUCAUGUUGUCAUGGUAUUCGAUGGUCGUCCUAUUCCUGCAAGGAAGGUGCUCAUUAGAUCGUUAGUACAAGGUGCCGUUGAGCAGGAUACGAAUGACGGCCGACGACAACGACGUGCCGAUAAUGUCAAGGCUGGUGAACUACUUCUUGCUGAAGGGAAAGUCAACGAAGCCAUGAACAAAUUCAAACAAGCUACUUCCAUUACUUCUGACGUCGUGGAAAGUGCCAUUCAGCAUUUUCGUGGUCAUACAAAUGUGGAUGUGAUUGUUUCACCUUACGAGUCCGAUGCGCAACUGGCAUUUCUUGUGAAUGAGCAUUUCGCUGACGUGGUAAUAACCGAAGAUUCGGAUCUCAUUGCUUUUGCUUGCGAAAAAUCUGGAUUACCGGGUAUUGGUCUUAACAAAGCUCUUUCAUUCUUCUCGAAGACCUCCAGAACAGAUCUCCGUAAGUUGCUACCUCGAAUCCCUCACUACCUCAACAUGUCGAAACUGAGUGUUUCAAAAGAAUUCAUUGAGGAUUUUAUUCGUGCUGAAAAUACUUUUCUUUAUCAGGCAUGGUUUACUCUUAUGCAUGUUGUAUUCGAUCCUCGCCAAAGAUGCCAGCGGCCACUAACACCAUAUCCAUAUUCCAAAAACGCCGAUAAAAGGAAUGAAGAUGACGCUGAUUUUGUCAAUUCGAAUACUGACGCCUGUAGUGACGAAAACUUUUCCUAUGCUGGUGAAGUUCUGUCGUCCAAUCUCGCAGUUCGACUUGCUCUGGGAAAUCAGGUAUUAUGCCAUGUCUGUUUCAAAAGACUAGUACCACCUUCAACGUUGUCAACAGAAUGA